AAACUCUCGCUUGCUUUGAUGGAGAGAUGGAGACUGAGCGACACCUUUAUUGCUUGAUAAAUUAAGGAACUUGAUAAAGAUAUUGCUUUAUCAGUUUCUCUAUGUCUGUUACAUAUGGACAACGCUUAUUUCUAGACUAGAGUGUUACAAGGGUAGGAAAUCGUUCUUGCAUAUCAGGUGUUUGUGAAAAUGUCUGAUCCAAUGUAACGUGGAUUUUGUGGAUAAAGGAACGUUUCUGGGAUAUUUAGGGGAAAGAUGGUACCUUUACGGCAAUUUGUUCAGAAUUUCAGACUUUUGUCUGGUUUUGGAACUGAUCACAGGGUUUUUUUGGAUGUUGUCAAAGCUUGUGCUUCAGUGUCUGAGCUCACAUCAGGGAGGGCUCUGCACGGUUGCGUGUUCAAGCUUGGUCAUAUAGCCUGCACUGAGGUCUCGAAGUCAGUUCUUAACAUGUAUGCGAAAUGCAGGAGAAUGGAUGAUUGCCAGAAGAUGUUUAGGCAAAUGGACAGUGUUGAUCCUGUUGUUUGGAAUAUUGUUCUGACUGGACUUUCUGUUUCUUGUGGUCGUGAAACGAUGAGGUUUUUCAAAGCAAUGCACUUUGCAGAUGAACCUAAGCCCAGCUCCGUUACCUUUGCGAUUCUUCUUCCUGUGUGUGUUCGCCUUGGGGAUUCAUACAAUGGGAAAAGUAUGCAUUCUUAUAUUAUUAAAACCGGUUUAGAGAAAGAUACACUUGUGGGGAAUGCUUUGGUUUCCAUGUAUGCCAAAUUUGGGUAUAUUAUUCCUGAUGCUUUUACUGCAUUUGAUGAUAUAGCUGACAAAGAUGUUGUCUCAUGGAAUGCGAUUAUUGCUGGGUUUUCUGAGAAUAAGAUGAUGGCUGAUGCAUUUAGAUCGUUUUGUCUAAUGCUGAAAGAACCUACAGAGCCAAAUUAUGCAACAAUUGCAAAUGUUUUACCAGUUUGCGCUUCCAUGGGUAAGAACAUUGCAUAUCGAAGUGGUAGACAGAUUCACAGUUAUGUUGUGCAGAGAUCUUGGUUGCAAACCCAUGUUUUUGUAUGUAAUUCACUUGUGAGUUUCUAUUUGAGAGUCGGAAGAAUAGAAGAAGCAGCCUCAUUGUUUACGAGGAUGGGUUCCAAAGAUCUGGUUUCAUGGAACGUUGUCAUAGCCGGUUAUGCAUCAAAUCAUGAGUGGCUUAAAGCAUUGCAGUUAUUUCACAACUUGGUGCAAAAGGGGGAUGUUUCUCUUGAUCCAGUAACUAUUCUCAGCAUCCUUCCUGUCUGUGCGCAGUUAACUGACUUGACCUGUGGGAAAGAGAUCCACAGUUAUAUUUUGCGCCAUUCUUACCUUUUGGAGGAUACAUCAGUUGGUAACGCUCUCAUUAGUUUCUAUGCAAGAUUUGGUGACACGAGUGCAGCAUAUUGGGCCUUUUCACUGAUGUCCAUGAAGGAUAUAAUAUCUUGGAAUGCUAUACUUGAUGCCUUUGCAGACAGUCCAAAGCAGUUUCAAUUUUUGAAUCUCUUGCACCACUUAUUUAACGAAGCAAUCACUCUUGACUCUGUUACUAUUUUAAGCCUACUCAAGUUCUGCACAAAUGUACAGGGAAUUGGUAAAGUAAAAGAAGUUCAUGGGUACUCAGUUAAGGCUGGUCUUUUACACAAUGAAGAGGAACCCAAGCUUGGUAAUGCAUUGCUUGAUGCAUAUGCCAAAUGUGGUAAUGUUGAAUACGCUCAUAAGAUUUUUCAGGGUUUAUCAGAGAGGAGAACUUUGGUUACCUAUAACUCAUUGUUAUCAGGAUAUGUUAAUAGUGGAAGUCAUGAUGAUGCUCAGAUGCUGUUCAGUGAGAUGUCUACUACUGAUCUCACCACUUGGAGUUUGAUGGUUCGUAUCUAUGCUGAAAGUUGUUUCCCUAAUGAAGCCAUUGGUGUUUUCCGUGAGAUUCAAGCUCGAGGAAUGAGGCCUAACACUGUGACUAUAAUGAAUCUCCUUCCUGUUUGUGCGCAGCUAGCCUCUCUGCAUCUAGUAAGACAAUGUCAUGGAUAUAUUAUUAGAGGCAGACUUGGUGAUAUCCGCCUGAAGGGGACUCUACUAGAUGUAUAUGCUAAAUGUGGCAGCUUGAAGCAUGCAUAUUCUGUCUUCCAGUCAGAUGCUCGUAGAGAUCUGGUUAUGUUCACUGCUAUGGUAGCUGGGUAUGCUGUACAUGGUAGGGGUAAGGAAGCACUUAUGAUCUUCUCUCAUAUGAUUGACUCAAACAUAAAGCCCGAUCAUGUUUUCAUAACUACUCUGUUGACUGCAUGCUGUCAUGCGGUUAUACAGGAUGGAUUGCAAAUAUAUGACUCAAUAAGGGCAGUUCACGGUAUGAAACCUACAAUGGAACAAUAUGCUUGUGCUGUAGAUCUACUUGCUCGAGGGGGUCGACUUGAUGAUGCAUAUUCUUUCAUCACACAGAUGCCAGUUGAACCCAAUGCAAAUAUAUGGGGAACACUGUUAAGGGCGUGUACAACCUAUAAUAGGAUGGAUCUGGGGCACUCAGUUGCAAAUCAUCUUUUGCAAGCUGAAUCUGACGAGACCGGAAACCAUGUUCUAAUAUCGAAUAUGUAUGCUGCAGAUGCUAAAUGGGAAGGCGUGAUGGAGUUGAGAAACCUAAUGAAGAAAAAGGAAAUGAAAAAGCCAGCGGGAUGUAGCUGGCUAGAAGUGGAUGGGAAAAGGGAUGUUUUUGUGUCUGGAGAUUGUUCUCACCCUCGUAGAGACAGUAUUUUUGACUUAGUCAAUGCUUUAUAUCUUCAGAUGAAAGAGCCUGUGGUGUUUUAAUCGAUGAAAAUUGUGAAACAUACCCAUCGUACAAAAACCUCAAUACAGAGCCACAGAGGAGAAGAUCACCAGGAAAAAUCUACAAUCUAUGGGUAUUUGCUUAUAAAGGUGCAGUGAGAUGGAUCUACUUGAAUCCUCAAAGAAGUGGAUGGGGAUUUAGAGGCUUGCAUAGCUCACUCUUUAGUCGAUUAUCAGCUGGGAAUGCGCCAGAUGUCUCUUUAGAGAACUCUGUUACUGAGGAAGAGAUUAGAUAUUCUUCUGAUUCAGUAGCGACUAAGCUAUGUACUAAGCCUCUAAAGCUUGUCUCGGGGUCGUGUUAUCUACCGCAUCCUGAUAAAGAGGUGACUGGGGGGAGCGGAUGCACACUUUAUCUGUGCAGAGGAGCAAGCAUUGGUGUAGCAGAGGGCAGAGCUCGGUAUCGAUGCAGGUUACUAUUCUCGCGAGCUUAUGUCUAACUCAGUGAAUGUAAUCCAAGAUGAGCCUAAAAGUUCGAUUGAUCCAGCCAGAGUAUUGGAAAAAAACUCAUACUUGCACAAAGUCACAAGGGUCUUCAACGGCUCGCAUCAUAGCCUACAACCAGGGACUUCAUAUAAUCAACUUAGGACAGCGGGUUCAUGGUUGUCCGUGAAGGGCAUUACAGUUUUCCGUUCCCCUGUUCAACAACAUGACUUCAACUUCACCUAUCAGCAGGAGAGUGGAAGAAAACGCGAUUUGCCAAGCUCAGGUCAGGUUUUCAGGGUUGCUGUCGCUCCUGGAGAUGUUAUAAUAGCUGAAACAGAUGGAUUAUUCGACAAACUGUACAACAACAACAACGGACUUGAGUUAGAUAAGUCCUUGAUUUCACACCCACGGACUCACUCACUCAGUUGUGCCCACAGUAAAAAGCCAGUGGAGUUUUUGUCACUUUUUUAGACUCUAAUUAAUUUAUCUCUUCUCUUUCCAAUCCAUUUAUAUAAAUAUCCGUCUCAGUCAUGAUUUUGUGCUGUCGAAAUAACAUGUACAUAACUGCAACCAUGUAACUCCGAGAGAAAUGACAUAAUGAUCGUUCCUUGACUA